GCGGGCGCUAGAAGGCAGUCAGUGGCGCAGUUUCCUGUUACUUCUGUUCGCCGUACGAAGAAUUUGACUGUCAUCAUGAGGGAGAUCGUCCAUCUACAGGCCGGACAAUGCGGGAACCAGAUCGGUGCUAAGUUCUGGGAAGUCAUCAGCGAUGAGCACGGCAUCGACCCAACUGGCACAUACAACGGUGACAGCGAUCUCCAACUGGAAAGAAUAAGCGUCUACUACAACGAGGCCUCAGGUGGCAAAUAUGUUCCCCGUGCAAUUCUGGUGGACCUGGAGCCUGGCACAAUGGACUCAGUGCGAUCCGGACCCUUCGGACAGAUCUUCAGACCUGACAACUUUGUAUUCGGUCAGAGCGGUGCUGGCAACAACUGGGCGAAAGGUCACUACACAGAGGGAGCUGAACUGGUUGACUCAGUAAUGGAUGUUGUAAGGAAAGAAGCAGAAAGCUGCGACUGUCUCCAGGGCUUCCAGCUCACCCACUCUUUGGGUGGUGGCACUGGCUCUGGUAUGGGUACCCUCCUAAUCAGCAAGAUCAGGGAAGAGUACCCAGACAGAAUUAUGAAUACCUUCAGUGUUGUGCCCUCCCCCAAAGUGUCUGAUACUGUAGUAGAACCAUACAAUGCCACACUGUCCGUGCACCAGCUUGUAGAAAACACUGAUGAAACCUACUGUAUCGACAAUGAAGCCCUGUAUGAUAUCUGCUUUAGAACCCUGAAACUCACCACCCCCACUUAUGGUGACCUGAAUCAUCUGGUAUCUGCCACCAUGAGCGGAGUCACCACCUGCCUGCGCUUCCCUGGCCAGUUGAAUGCAGAUUUGCGUAAACUAGCCGUCAACAUGGUACCAUUCCCCCGUCUGCACUUCUUCAUGCCCGGUUUUGCCCCACUCACAAGCCGUGGCAGCCAACAGUACCGCGCCUUGAGCGUGCCCGAGCUGACACAGCAGAUGUUCGACUCCAAAAACAUGAUGGCUGCCUGCGAUCCACGUCACGGUCGUUAUCUGACCGUAGCCGCAGUGUUCAGAGGCCGCAUGUCCAUGAAGGAGGUGGAUGAGCAAAUGCUCAAUAUCCAGAACAAGAACAGCAGCUACUUCGUUGAAUGGAUCCCCAACAACGUGAAGACCGCAGUGUGCGACAUCCCACCCCGAGGCCUGAAGAUGUCCGCUACCUUCAUUGGUAACAGCACAGCCAUUCAGGAGCUGUUCAAGCGAAUCUCCGAGCAGUUCACCGCUAUGUUCCGUAGAAAGGCUUUCUUGCAUUGGUACACAGGCGAGGGCAUGGAUGAGAUGGAAUUCACAGAAGCAGAGAGCAACAUGAAUGACCUGGUGUCUGAAUACCAGCAGUACCAAGAUGCCACAGCAGAAGAGGAGGGAGAAUUUGAAGAGGAUGGCGAUGAAGAAGUUGCCUAAACUCAAGUUAAAUAAAACGACCUAUUCUAUUGUAAGAUAUGCUCUGCCUUCUGCUCUGUUGUUCACGUGUUGUCUUGUGGUUUUCAUGUCCGAUGCUUACAGAAGUUACACAUUAAAACUUGCAAUUUUCUAA